CCCAAAAAGUUGACGAGCAAAUUAGCGCUAGGCUAGAGACUAGAGACGCCGCCCCCGGACUCCCUUCUCCAGAAGCUCCCAGCAUCUGCCUAGAGCGGCCGCGGAGACAAAGGCAGGAGGCAAUGGAUCAGCACGGGGAAAAGGAGGCGGAGAACAAGUCGUCCCAGGAUUCGGCGGGGCAGCGCCAAGACGACGACGCCGAAGAAUCGGUGGGUCAGCGAGCGGGGUACAAAGCGGAGGAAUCGGCGGGACUGCUCAUCAAGGAGGUGAGCUCUGGAGAAGCCUCGCCGGCGCUCAUCGCGCACCCGUGCUCGCUGCUGCAGCUCCUGCUCCGCGCCUGCGCCGGCUGCCUGGGCCUCCACGGCUACUGCAGCGGCGACCCCGACCCGAAGCCGGUCGUUGUCGCUGCGGCGGACGCCGCGGCGGCUGCGUCGCAGGAAGGAGAGGGCGGCGGCGACAAGGCUAACUUCUUGUACAUGCAGGAGGAGGUGGUGACCAGGGUGUGGGCGGUGAGGAGGCCCAGGAGGGGAGCGGUGGCAAUGGCGGAGUACACCACUAGACGCGCGGCUUCUCCAUCUGUCUACCUGCAACAUGUGUAGUAGCAUCUUCUAAUUUUGUAUAAAGUAGUAGGUGUGGCUAUGAAGUAAAAGCGAGUUUGCGUAGGCUUCUC